AUGGAAGCACCACAGAAACCCUAUGAAUGUAAUCACUGUAGUAAAGCCUUUACACGUCUUGUUAAUCUUCAAAGGCAUGAAAGGAUUCAUAAUGGAGAGAAAGCCUAUGAAUGUAAUCACUGUAGUAAAGCCUUUACACAUCUCGUUCAUCUUCAAAGGCAUGAAAGGAUUCAUAAUGGAGAGAAAGCCUAUGAAUGUAAUCACUGUAGUAAAGCCUUUACACGUCUCGUUCAUCUUCAAAGGCAUGAAAGGAUUCAUAAUGGAGAGAAAGCCUAUGAAUGUAAGCAAUGUGGUAUAGUCUUUACUUUUCACCGUACUCUGAAAAUUCAUGAAGGAAUUCAUACUGCAGAGAAACCUUACAAAUGUAAUCAAUGUGAUAAAGUCUUUGUAUAUAACAGUCAUCUUCAAAGGCAUGAAAAAACUCAUACUGGAGAAAAACCCUAUGAAUGUAAGCAAUGUGGUAAAACCUUUACACGUGACAGUUCUCUGAAAAUACAUGAAAGAAUUCAUACUGGAGAGAAACCCUAUGAAUGUAAUCAAUGUGGUAAAGCCUUUUCACGUAACAGUUCUCUGAAAAUGCAUGAAGCAAUUCAUACUGGAGAGAAACUCUAUGAAUGUAAGGAAUGUGGUAAAGCCUUUAUAUGUAAUAACCAUCUUCAAAGGCAUGGAAGAAUUCAUACUGGAGAGAAACGCUAUGAAUGUAAUCAAUGUGGUAAAGCCUUUGCAUAUCACAGUUAUUUGAAAAUACAUGAAAGAAUUCAUACUGGAGAGAAACCCUAUGAAUGUAACCAAUGUGGGAAAGUCUUUGCAUAUCAUAUUAGUCUCCAAAUACAUGAAAGAACACAUACUGGAGAGAAGCCCUUCAAAUGUAACCAAUGUGAUAAAGCCUUUAUAUGUAACAGUCAUCUCUACUAUCAUGAAAGAAUGCACACUAGAUAG